GGCGACUCUGCUCGGUUCCGCCCGGCCCUGAGGGGACACUGACGGGGCAGGGGGUUUGUGGAAGCUCCCCCCAGCCGGGCAGCCCGGACUCCGAACGCUGUGUCCUCCUGGGAGGCGGGGGCUGCUGGUGCCGGCUGCUCCCGGGAUUUCUACUCUUCAGUUAAUACUACAUCACAGUUCCUGUCCUGUUGACCUUCAUCAGGGCCAAGCAACUGGAGACUUAAGCUAUAACAAGACUGCAAAAAAAAAAAAAAAGGACUGGAGCAAGAAGACGUGAUGUAUUCCUCUUUCACUUUCCUGCUAGGUUGCAAGAAGACCCUCCUGUGGGUGUCAGUGGUGCACCGUCUGAGAAUAAUAUAAUGCAGUGGAAUGCAGUUAUAUUUGGGCCAGAAGGGACGCCUUUUGAAGAUGGUACUUUUAAACUAGUAAUAGAAUUUUCAGAAGAAUAUCCAAAUAAACCUCCGACUGUUAGGUUUUUAUCAAAAAUGUUCCAUCCAAAUGCGCUCCUGUCUGUGCAGACACGUCUCGAGUUGAAGCAGGGAACUGAUCAAGCCCAACGUUACUCGUUUCUGUCAGUUUAUGCGGAUGGUAGCAUAUGUUUAGAUAUUCUUCAGAAUCGAUGGAGUCCAACAUACGACGUUUCAUCUAUUUUAACUUCAAUUCAGUCUCUGCUUGAUGAACCUAAUCCAAACAGUCCGGCGAACAGCCAGGCAGCACAACUUUAUCAGGAGAACAAACGUGAAUACGAGAAAAGAGUUUCAGCUAUUGUCGAACAAAGUUGGAAUGACUCGUAACAGCUGCUUCGUUACUCUCCAUCCUCAUAAUCAUUAUGUACAAUUUAACUCUCAAUAGAAAGGCUACCAGAAAUUUCAAGUGCCACAGCUCUAAGAAUUUGCAUAAAAACUCAUCUGCAAACAGAAUUAAGCCCUCCAGUUUAGGAAACUUAAAAGCUUGUGUAUCUUGAUUAACGUACUUUUUAUUGCAUGGUAUGAACUAAGUUAUUGCUACAUAAAUUUGUAAUAUAUCCUGUUUGUAUUUUUUUUCCAAGUGUAUAAUGUUGGUGUGGAGUUUUCAUGACAGAAUAUACACAUUUUGUAAAUCUGUACUUUUUCAAAUAUUGAAUGCCUUAUUUUUGAAUUCUUUAGAUUUUUAAAUUGGAGAAAAAGCACUUAACAAAGUUUUUAUAUAUAAAUAUUUCAUGUAAAACUGUUAAAUACAUAACCUCAGUGCAAGACA